CUUGUUUUAGUCUCACAUGAUCAAAUGACAGGUUCCUGAUGUCAAUGUCGGUUCUGAAAGAAACUUAAAGUAGAAAUUAGAAUUUGUAGUAAAAUUUAGUUUUUAUGAAUUCGAUUAAUUGUUUCUUUUAAAUUUCUAUUUCGUGAGUGAUAUAUUUUACCAUAAUGAGAUACAUAAUAAGUAAUACCUUCGUGGGCACCGCCGUCACAACGAUAGUAAUCUUGGUUUUAUAUCAUGUGUUCACGGGAAAAGGGGAAAGAGUUAGUGUGGCAUGGUUUCUGGAGGAAACUUCUCCUUAUAUGUGGUCGACUUUGGGCAUCGGACUUGCUGUUGCCCUGUCUGUCGUAGGAGCUGCAUUGGGUAUUCAUACAACCGGUGUGUCUAUUGUCGGUGGCGGAGUAAAGGCACCCAGGAUCAAGACAAAAAAUUUAAUCUCUGUUAUUUUUUGCGAGGCUGUAGCAAUUUACGGCCUCAUCACCGCCAUCGUUCUGUCUGGCAUGCUUGACAAAUACGACGAUGACGUGAUUGCAAAUAAUCCCAGUGUAAAGCAUCAGAAUUGGUUUUCUGGUUACCUCAUGUUUGGAGCCGGUGUUGCUGUCGGCCUCGUCAACCUCUUCUGUGGCAUCGCCGUGGGAAUUGUGGGUUCCGGAGCUGCACUCUCCGAUGCAGCUAAUUCUGCACUUUUCGUGAAAAUCUUAAUUGUCGAGAUCUUUGGUUCCGCCAUUGGCCUUUUCGGUUUAAUCGUCGGCAUUUACAUGACUUCCAAAGUUAAAAUGGGAAGUAAAGUCGGUUAAUUUCUUGUAAUCAUUCCAGUUUCACGCGCAACAAGUCAUAGUAUUAUAAAUUUCAUUUUGUCUAAAUGGACUCAAGAAGUGUGUUAUUUAAUGAUUUAUUCUCCAGAGCCUAAAAUGAGUAAAGUUGAUGGAUUUUAGGCCCUAUCGUUCUAUGUAUAUUGUUGAUAAGAUAUAGUUCAUUGUUGUAUUAAAGUUCUCAUUAAUUCUUCAUUAGAAGAAAAGUAAGUAAAUUGUAGAAAUCAUUUUUUUUUUUUUAGAAGUCAUCAAUUAAAAGAAAAUAAAUGUAUACAGUGUA